AUGACCGAGAGAGCCAGCAAAGACAAACUCAGGCGAAGUUUGUCAUUGUCCAAGACUAAGAAGAAAGGCAAUGUAAAAGCUGGGAUUUCUGCCAGUCAUGCCACCACAACUCCUAUCACCUCGUUCUUCAGCAACCAGCCUCCACCUAAACUUGCUUGCCCCCUGUGUGGCCAGAUGGUACCAAGAUUCAAGAUCAAUGAGCACAUUGAUUUGCAAUGUCAGAACUUUGAGAGAGGAGACAGCAGUGCCGCCUCAGCAAGUAAUAGUGUAGUGCCAAGCAUCCAGCUGUCACCCACAAGGAAUCCCCCAAAAUCCCCAGAGCUAGAUCUAAAGAUGGAAGAAGAGGUCAAAGAGACCAAGACCAGUCCUUAUUUCAAAAAGAAUAAUUCUCAGCAGGUACGACGGGAGAUGAAAAGUAAAAGUGUGAUCAGGACGAUUGACCUGGGAAGUCUCUCCUCCAAGUUAUCUGUGAGCUAUCCUAAGGUACCUGAGAGGACACAGACGGAAGAUAAACAUGCACCGAUGUAUCCUAAAAAGGAGAUAUGUUCUUCUGAGACACUCAGCAGCUCACAGAAAGAAAAUCUUCAGAGUUUAGAAGCCAACCAAGAUUGUGUGACAGUCAUUGAUCUUACAGAAACUAGUACUGACACUCUAACAGCCAUGGAAGAUCCAUCAUGUUCAGACAAAGGACGUAAUCUUGAACACAAAGCAUCUAAAUCAAAGACUUGUCAAAAAGCCGUUACUCCAAAGCUGAACUCUUCUUCCUCCAAACUAUCAAAGAGAAAGAAGGGAACGACUUCCACUGGCAGCGCAUCUGGAUUCGAAAAGAAAGCAAAAUUUGAGGGGAGCAGCAGGGAGCUAGACCAGGUUGUGUCUAGUGAAAGUAAAGCAGAUACGACUCAUACAGACCAGCCUGAAACUGAGUUACCUUCGACCACUACUUGUGACCCCCCUCUGAGUUCAGAGGAAACAUAUGAGCAAAGUGCUGCAACGAUCAAUAGUGAUUCGCUGGCAGAGUCUGGUGCUGAGAACAUCACAAGUGGCCGAGCUGUCGAGAGCUCUCUCCCCCCACGGCUCCCCUACUACCUCCGUAACUUCCGAACCGUACUACAGGCUGUCCUGGAGAAUGAGGACGACAGGUCAUUGUUCGACCAGGACGAUAUGUCACUUGUACAUGCAUUUGAGAAACUCUCAGACAUGGGGCAGAAGCUGUAUGUCAGACUCUUUCAGAGGAAACUGAAGUGGCUCCAAGUAAAUAAACUGGACUAUGAAGAGAUAUGCAGUGAUCUGGGACCUGUAGCUCAGGAGCUGGUUCAAGGCGGUUUUCUACAGGCAGAGUGUGACCUUCAGGACUUGGGGGAGGCGCUGGAUCUCCUGCCUGCUCCUGAACUCAAAGCUCUGGCUAAGACUUUCCAUCUGGGCAAUUCUGGGACUCAGAAACAGCAGCUGGUGGACGGACUUCUCCGUCUGAGCAGACAAAAGUCCCUAUUCGCUCUGUCCACUGCUCAGAACAACAUCGGGGCUGUCAUCCUCAAAAGGGCAAAGCAGCUUGCAAGUUCCUGUGUGCGCCUGCGUCAUUGUCCUCGAGCUGUCUUUUCUCGUAUCCUUCUCCUCUUCUCUCUGACGGACACCAUGGAUGAGGAGGAGACGGCGGCUGUUGGGCAGAGCCAGCUCUUCACCAUCCUGCUGGUUAACUCAGGACGCCUGGCCUUCCCACUCUACACAGUGCAGCGUAAAGCCAAGGUGUUCCAGGACAGAGAGGAUCUGAUCAGAUAUGAAGCAUCCAUGCGAACCCUGCAAGAGGUAGUCUCAGCCAUGCAGGGAGGUCAGUGGGAAAAGGCCAUGGAGCUUUACACUGCUGCCAAAAGUGUCUGGCAGGAGCUGAGGGAAAACCAUGACCUCAGUCACCAGGAGGAGCUGCCCGUGUUCCUGCGCAGCUUCACUACAGGAUGGACUUACACUCGGAUCUUAUCCAGAGGGGUGGAGAUCUUGCAAAGGCUACGUCGCUAUGAGGAAGCGGUAGAGGAGCUGCUGUCCUUACUGUCGCAGUCCGUUUGCUGUCCUGACAGCCGAGGGAGAUGGUGGGACAGACUGGCCCUUAACCUUCAGCAGCACCUAAAAAAGCCUGAGCAAGCUGUCUGUGCUAUUAGAGAUGGGAUGUCAGACCCUCUGGUGAGAACUGGCCAUAAACUCUCUCUUCAUCAGAGAGCUGUUAGGAUGAAAGAGUCUGCCAGCUUGAAGAAGUAUCGUCUGCAACUAAAUGACCUACCAACUAUCCAAGUCCAAGAUGUCACACAUGUGACCAUCCGGGGACAGCUGUUCCCUCAUGAGGGGGGCAUGGGGAAAUCUAUGUUUCUUUUACUAGCCAGUGGAGAGGGGGAGGAGAGUGCUGAUGCCACUGUAAUAUGCUCUGUGGAAGAGCUGUCUUUAGCACAUUACCGCCAACAGGGCUUUGACCAAGGGAUCCAUGGAGAGGGCUCAACGUUCUCAACAUUGUUUGCUCUUCUGCUAUGGGACAUCAUUUUUAUGGAGGGUAUUCCAGAUGUUUUUAGAAAUCCAUACCAGACAUGUCCACUGGAUCUUUACACCGACUGUUUCUAUGAGAACAGAAAAGAGGCGAUCGAUUGUCGUGUGCAGUUACUCUGCGAGUCGUCUGUGGAGACUCUGCACGACAUGUUGGAAGAUGUCUGGACCUCCCAGGAGGGUAAAGUGUGUUCACUGGUCAACUGGGAGCGUUUCUCAUCCCUUCAACAGGCACAGUCUCUCGUGUCCUGCAUGAGUGGAGCCUUUUUAGGAGGGGUAAUAACACGAAUGUCGAAAGACUACAGACACUGUCGCGGAGGUUUGCCUGAUCUAGUGGUGUGGAACACCUCAAACAACAGCUACAAGCUGGUGGAGGUGAAGGGGCCCAGCGACCGGCUGUCCCAGAAGCAACAGAUCUGGCUGGAUGAGCUGCAGAAGCUGGGGGCUGAUGUGGAGGUGUGUCAUGUGACGGCUACUGGAGCCAGAGGAGCUCGUCUGGAAUAAACAGACACAGAAGAACUGACUGAUAAGACGUUGCUGCUAAUUAAUCAGAGUGUAGUCAAUGUGAUGGAAAUUUGUGAGCAAAGUACCGGAAAACCAAGGAGACCGAGCUGAUGUCUUACAACGGAAGGUUUAUUGAAACUUGAUAUCAAGGAGAACAGACAAUGUCAAUACAAACAGAACACAGAGGGGUGUUCACGCUAUAGCCGCCGUCAAUUCUGCCGAACGCUCCUCUCGUUUGGGUAUUUAACUCACUCUUCGGCAGGCAGUAAACAUGUUAACCUCAAGCCGGCGCAUGUUCAGGCUCCAUAAAGAAGAAGACGCCACCUGUAGAUAGGAUGGACGUCCUGGCUGCUAUCCUGAGCUAGAGCCCCAAGUGCACUAUAUUUUCCGAGUUUUGUUUAUGACUCUGCCUUCAUAGGGCCUGAUUAAGGAGCCUGUAAACCUUAUCUUGCAGAUGGCCCUACUAGCCUGGGGAGAUGCACAAGGACACUGGAAUGUUUCGGCCCAAGGCUAUCGGCAGUCUGUCCACAAAUAGGGAGGGACACAAAUUGAUAGAAAUAGUGGAUGUAAUUUUGAAUAUGAUAGGACCAAUACUAAAGAAUUAAAGACUUGUUAAAUAAUUCUAUAUCAGUCAAAAUGGAAACAGAAACUGUGGGAAAAAAGUGAUCUGGGCGCCUUUUCUGAUUCUAGUCAUCGAGAACAGAUGUUGAUAUUUAUCUCAAAAACUCCAUUUAUCUUCCAUACAUCACAAAUGAAUCCUAUUUGUGUAAAGGGAGUGUGCCUCGUGAGAUGCGGCAUUAACAUCAUGGAAACCACUGCUUUCAACAGGAAGAUUGAGAUGAACAUCGUCACUGAAAACUACCAGGAUCAGAAAUAUCUUGCCCACAGAUAAUCAGAGUUGAUGCAUGACAGGAAAUGCAUCCGACGUUCACACCCCAAACUGGUGGCUCUUGGGUUGCCAAGCAACGAAAACUCACAGGUUGUUGGCUGCUUAUGAAUUGUAGGACAUCUCUACGAGUUUGUAAUGCAAGUAAUUACUGUGAAAAAAUAAAUAUGCUGUUUUAACAAUA